CCCGUUGGCCGGGAUGGCGCUGGGUGCCGGGAUCCCUCCAUAAGCGCAGCAGCUUUGGGAUCCCCCCCCCUUCCUCCUCCCCGUUGCCGUUCAUCUCAUAAGGACCCCCCCCCCCCCCCUCUGUCCUCCUCCCAUCUCCGGGCCAUGUCGUAUCGCGACAGCGUGCAGAUUCCCGACGAUCGCGAUUUCGUCGCGUUCAGGGAGGAGUGCGAGUGCGAUCGGGAUUGGAAAGUGAGCUACAGCAAAGGGAGCGUCAGCGUGUGGGUGAGAGCCGGGGGGAGCGAGAGCUGCGUGCACAGCAUCAAGUGCAGGAUGGAGUGCAGGGAGGUGGCAGCAGCGACGCUGUACGACGUGCUGCACGACUCCGAGUACCGCAGCAGCUGGGACAGCAACGUCAUCGAGAGCUUCGACAUCGGCCGCCUGACCGCCAACGCUGACGUGGGCUACUAUGCGUGGAAAUGCCCCAAACCGCUGAAGAACCGCGACGUGGUGACACUGCGCUCAUGGCUGCACCUGGGGGACGACUUCAUCAUCAUCAACUACUCCGUCAAACACCCUAGGUUCCCCCCCAGGAAGGACAUGGUGAGGGCCGUGUCGCUGCGCACCGGGUAUCUGGUGAGGGGAACCGGGGAGCGGAGCUGCAGCAUCACCUACCUGGCACAGGUGGACCCCAAAGGUAACGGGGGGGAUGGGGGUGAUGGGGUUUGGUUCCAAAACCGCCGCGCCAAAUUCCGCAAACAGGAACGCGCCGCCAAUUCCAAAGCAGGCGGGGGAACAACCGGGACCCCCAACCCCAAAAACCGGAGCCCUCGCUGCUCCUCGGAGGACGACGACUCCAAAGAAUCCAACUGCAGCCCCACUCCCGACAGCACCGCCUCGCUGCCCCCCGCCAUGGCGCCCAGGGGGCAGCCUGAGCCCCAGCCCCGGCGCCGGGCAGGGCUUGGGGGGCGCGGGGCAGCCCCCGAAAGCGGGGGGUUGGCCGGGGGUGGGGGGGCGCAGGGGGGGGCGGCGGAGCUGCUGAAGGCCUGGCAGCCGGCCGAGGCCGUGCCCGGACCUUUCUCCGGAGUGCUGUCCUCCUUCCAUCGGAAACCCGGCGGCCUCAAAGCCAACCUCUUCUGAGCGGCCCCAAAACGCCCCGCCGGCACCCCGCAAACUGAUGGCUACGGGGCUCCCGCUGCGCCCCAAAAGUGACAGCGGCGCCCCCAAAGCCAGCCUCCAAAAAGGGCCGAGCUGCGACCCCACUGAGCUGCGACCCCAUUGAGCUCUGAUCCCAUUGAGUUCUGACCCUACUGAGCUCCGACCCCACUGAGCUCCAACCCCAUUGAGUUCUGACCCCAUUGAGCUCCGACCCCAUUGAGCUGCGACCCCAUUGAGUUAUGACCCCACUGAGCUCUGAUCCCACCGAGUUCUGACCCCAUUGAGCUGCGACCCCAUUGAGUUCCGACCCCACUGAGUUCUGACCCCAUAGAGCUCCAAUCCCAUAAAGCUCUGACCCCAUGGAGCCCUGACCCCACUGAGCUCCAACCCCAUUGAGCUCUGAUCCCACCGAGCUCUGACCCCACUGAGUUCCGACCCCACUGAGAUCCAACCCCAUUGAGUUCCGACCC